AUGGGCUUCCUCCGCAGUCUUGCGCUCGUGGCGCUCACCACGUCGACGGCCUGGGCAAAGCCGCAUCCCGUGCAUGACGAGGCGCUCAUGCAACUGCACAAUGCCACGCAGAUGGACAGGCGCGCUGCCUGCGACGGCGUGAGCUGCGGCUGGGACGACUGGCUCUGCUGUCCCUCGGGCUCGUCGUGCAUCACCGAUGCGAGCAAUCAGGCCCAGUGCGGCCCUGCUGGCGCCGCAGCAACCGGCGGCGGCUGGGUCUACUACACCACCACCUACGUCGAGACCGUCGGCGCCGUGACCAAGACCAGCGUGGGAUCCUCGUACGCCGGCGGCUCCGGCGGGCCCACGGCGGCGGCGUGCGGCAGCAGCCAGAGCCCGUGUGGGAGCGUGUGCUGCGACUCGGGCCUGUACUGCAAGAAUAGCGACUCGGGCACCUGCGCCGUCAUCGCUGGUGGCUCCUCGGGCGGCAUCCUCCCCACCGCCUCUGCCUCUGCCCCCGUCCGGCCCACGUCGUCGACGCUGGUCGUCAUCACCUACACCGGCACCCCCACCGCCACGGUGCCCUUCCAGUCCCCCAUCCCCACCGGCGCAAGCGGCGCCCUCACCGAGACCGAAGCCUCGUCUGGCCUCUCCGCCGGCGCCAUCGCCGGCAUCGUCAUCGGCGUGAUCCUCGGCAUCCUGCUGCUCCUGCUGCUCUGCCUCUUCUGCUGCGCCCGCGCCCUCUUCGACACGCUGCUCGGCAUCUUGGGCAUCGGCGGCAAGAAGCGCACGCACACGCACGAAGAGACGACGUACAUCGAAGACCACUACUCGGGCGGCGCCGCUGCAGCCGGCGGACGCUGGUACGGCCAAGGCGCCAGCCGGCCCAUGAGCGAGAAGAAGCACGGCAUCGGCAAGGGCCUGGGCGUCGCGGCCGCGUUGGGCGGGCUGGCCCUCGCGCUCGGACUGAAGCGGAAGCACGACCGCAAGGAGGACCAGAGCACCGUCAUCUCCGGCUCCUCGUACUACUACUCCGACUACACAUCCAGCAGCAGCGCAAGCUCGUCAGACCGCCAAACACGGCAAACAAGGCAUUCCAGCAGACGCUGA